AUGGGAAAUUGCCAAGCCAUUGAUGCCGCAACACUGGUGAUUCAGCACCCAAGUGGGAAAGUAGACAAGUUCUAUGCACCUUUGAGUGCCACGGAUGUCAUGAAAACCAACCCCGGUCACUACGUUGCUCUUCUCAUCUCCACCACAUUGUGUCCAACUGAACAUACUGAAAAUUGCCCCAGAAAGAGUGAUCACAACGCCAACAACAACAGCAACCCUGUUCGCCUAACUCGCAUCAAGCUUCUCAAGCCCACUGACACCCUGCUUCUUGGACAAGUUUAUAGACUCGUCACAACUCAAGAGGUCAUGAAGGGUCUCAGGGAAAAGCAAAAGGCAAAGAUGAGGCAAAACGUGUCAGAGGCAGUUCCCAAGCCAUAUUUGGAAAAGGAGAAAGUGGCAAGGAGGUCCGAUAUGGAGGACAGUAAGGCAAUGACCAAGCCUGAAAAAGGUCGACCAAGGAUAACAGCACCAACUAAUAAUGGUGCUGGUGCCACAGCUAAGACAAGAUUUUGGCAACCCUCUUUACAAAGUAUCUCAGAGUCUGCGAGAUGA